GGAUUCCACCAGGUAACCCAUAAAGUCCCUCAAACCGUUGACUGUGUUCCAGUAGCUGUCUGUAUGUCGACAAUGACACAUAUACUUCUAUUGUGGAUUUUUACCCUGACUGCCGCACUCAAUCUCUCAGUGAGCCAUUCUCUACAAGGGGUGAAGGAUUAUGAGGUGGUCCGACCCAUCAGAAUAUAUGCUAGGCAGAAAAGAGAAACCAAGUCAUCCAGGCCCGAAACAAUGAAUUAUGCAAUGACAGUGAGUGGAAAAGACAUUGAAAUGCAUCUGGAGAAGAAUAGAGAAUUACUCAGUAAUGACUAUAGUGAAACUUACUACACUGAGGACGGCACACCAGUUUCCACAACUCCCCAGGAUGUGGACCACUGCUACUAUCAUGGCAGUAUUGUGAAUGAUAAUAAGUCCAUGGUCAGUAUGAGCACAUGCAAUGGACUCAGGGGAUAUUUCAGAACUUCGGCCCAGAAGUACCUGAUUGAACCUCUGUCAGAUGGGGAUGAAGGAGAUCAUGCGGUGAUGACAUAUGAUGACCAAAGCUCCACACCUGCGGUGUGUGGAGUCACUAACACUAGCUGGAACAUAGACUACCCCCCCAUAACUAGCCGGAGCCGCUCUCGAGCCUCAGGUCCAUCUCUACUUGAACAACCAAAGUAUGUUGAGCUUGUCCUUGUUGCAGACAACCGUGAAUACAAGAAGAUGCAGAGUAAACCUGCAGAGGUGCGUAAGAGGAUGUUUGAACUGGUCAACUUCGUCAACCUGGUAUACAAGCCUUAUAACACCUUUAUUGCCCUGGUGGGUUUGGAAGUAUGGUCCGACAGCGAUAAGAUAACAGUGACCCCUCCUGCUGGUGCCAACCUGGAUGCGUUUACCAAGUGGAGAAACAGUGACUUGAGCAAAAGAAAGCCCAAUGACAACGCUUUCCUCAUCAGUGGCAUCGACUUUGAGGGAGCAACAGUGGGUCUGGCCUUCAUCGGGACACUAUGCUCAGGUCAUUCUUCAGGGGUGGUGCAGGAUCACAACCCCAAUGCUAUAGCAGUCGGUGCCACAUUGGCCCAUGAGCUGGGCCACAAUCUGGGCAUGAACCAUGAUGAUUCCAGUGCCUGUACUUGUUCUGGGAAUAGUUGUAUAAUGGCUCCUUCCCUCAGCUGGGAUAUCCCGAAAACAUUCAGUAGCUGCAGUACUGAGAACUACAACCAGUUCCUGAAUGGUCGUAAUCCUGAGUGCCUACUGAAUAAACCAGACUUUCGUAGGCUGGAAUCACCCCCAGUGUGUGGGAAUGGCUUUUUAGAGAGAGGAGAGGACUGUGACUGUGGCACCUUGGAGGACUGUAGAAACCCUUGCUGUAAUGCCACAAGCUGCACAUUGACCAGGGGUUCAGAGUGUGCUGCGGGAGAGUGCUGUGAAGACUGUAAGAUCCUGCCCUCAUCCACAAAAUGCAGGAGACAGCAUGACGAAUGUGACCUGGCGGAGUACUGCACUGGAAAAUCAGCCAACUGUCCCGAGGACGUUUUCGCUGUUAAUGGGAUCUCCUGCGGUGGAGACAAGGGUUACUGCUACAAUGGCCGCUGUCCAAAGCACCAGGACCAAUGUGUGAAAAUGUAUGGACCAAAUGCCGAAAAAGCCUCAGACUUCUGCUAUGAACAGAACAAAAGAGGACUGUCCUAUGCCUUCUGCAAGAGGCCUUCACCAACCCAGUACAUCCCCUGCCAAAGCCAAGAUGUGCAGUGUGGGAAACUUUUCUGUACAAAUGGCAACCCCAAUCCCAACUACGGCCGCAUGGUGAUGUUUAGCAACUGCCAGGCCACGUUCUAUGAUGAUGCCGAUAAUGACUUUGGACAGGUGGACACAGGGACCAAGUGUAACGAUGGGAAGGUGUGUAGCCAGAACGAGUGUGUGGAUUUUGAGACAGCCUAUGGACCCAGAGUCACUAACUGCUCAGCACGGUGCAAUGGACAUGCUGUUUGUAAUCACAAAAUGGAGUGCCAGUGUGAGCCAGGAUGGAUAACUCCAGAUUGUGACACAAAGGAUGGAAGCUCUGGAGUUUCCACCAAAGGAAGAACCAUUGGCAUUGCGGUGACAUUCUGUCUGCUGUUCUUGGCUGCUGUGGCUGUGGCGGUGGCUGUGUACCUGAAGAAGAAACAACAGCCCACAACUCCGCCGAGCCACGCUAACCUGAAAGCCACCACAGUGGACUACCGUCAACAUCAUAACCCAGUCCUCAGCCAAAACAAUGCUAUGCCGCAAAAGGCCAGAAGACCAAACGGGGCUCCACCCCCACCCCCCCCAGCUGCUAAACCCCCUCCGGCAUCCAAAGUCCCAGUCACUGACUUCAGGGACGCACGACGGGCUCUGAGACCUACACCACCACCGCACGUCUGAUUUCUCUUACAGUGGAGGAGUAGAAACCAGAGGGUCACAAGCCUAUUGUUGGGUGUAUACACUGUACAGUUCUGUCAUCCCAGACAAACUUUCGCCAUCUGCACCAGGACCAGGACGUUGUGACUCAUGUAAAGUGAGCUGGUCCAAGGCGUACCCGUAACUGCUAUUCUUUUCUUCUUAUCUUUUUGGCCCUUCGCACAUUUUGGUUCUGGCAUGUCUAAGGGAGCUACAAGGCCUUCGGCCAAGGAUCUCUACAAAAAGCACAGAUGGAUGAAUAUAGCAAUCCAACACAUUCAUAGCGUUCUUUAUUAAAUACAAUGUAUUUGUGAGAUUAAAACAAUGGCCAACAUUUAUUUAUAAACAACUGCGAAAUUUAUGGCAGGAUGAUCUAGGGAACAGUCAUAUAAUGGGAGCAACCACAUCUGGGUUGGACAUUCAUGUAGUAAACAAUUUUGGAAAAGGUCAUUGGUGAAUGUGAGCUGUUAAGAUUUUUUAACUUGUUGAAUAUAUGCCCAACAUUACAUAGGCAUCAAACACAGAGCCAAAACUACCAGAACCAGCCAGAGCACCAGCAGUGCUCAGUCCUACCCUUCAGAAACCUAGAGACCCGAGACAAAGAGGUUCUGCCAACACCUCUGAACAAGCCUGCUUCCAGGAACAGAAAUCCUGCUCAAAGACUUGAUCCUGACAGGUCACUGGACACUUUAUUGCCAAUGAGGUGUCUCCCCCCGGGCAUUCCUGUAGAGAGGGACAAUCAGUUCUACUCGCAGAUCUCUGGCAUUCCUGUGGAGAGGGACAAUCUGUUCUACUCCCAGAUCUUUGUGUUUCUGCCAACUUUGUUUGCAUAACUUAAUACACAGUCUUUGGACUGCUCCCAGAUCUCUUGCUCAUCAUUUGGCAUGACAAAAUGAAAGUGACAGGGAAUUUACCUGGCAUGAUAUCACACAGAGACUGGCUAUCUCUGAAGCCGCUGGAAUAGGUUUUCGCCAGUGAUGUGCACACUGCAUGAUGGGCUAAGUCACAUCACAAAAUACCAUAUGGAUUUGGUGUCUUAUGUACUAGGAGCAUCUUAUAAGUUGCACUUUAUAGCCCAUUGUUGCCCAACCCUGUUCCACAAGAACUACCAUACUUUGCUUUUUAUCCAGCAUCCAGUGUUUGGGCAGCUCUUUCAGUAUUUUGCCAUAUCCCUUCAUACCUUAUAAUUUACUUUUUACAUAUGUCAUAAAUGUGAGUGUACAGUGUGAUAAAUCUUUACAUUUUGGGCUUUUAUACCAUACUGACUUUGUACUAUGCCUAGUAGUCAGAGUUUACAGAUGCAGCCCAAUUUAGAUAUUUUUUUCCACAAAUUGUCUUUCAUCUGUUAGAUGAAAUGCCAUUAUUAUACCAACAAUAUGUUGGUAUAACCCUAACUAUCAUUUUUCUGUCAGAUUGUAAAAACUAUGGCACCUGAAUUUUGACACUACUGUCCACAUCAGUACAAUGCUGAUAUUAAGUGUUCAGCAUCUAACAUCUAAACAAAUCUACUAGAGUACACAAUGAUUCAUGUAUCCACCCAUUCAUCCUGACAUUGGCAAAAUACUCCCAUCAAGGGCUGUCUUGAACAUGGCCCUUAAAGGGAGUAUUGGGAAAACAAGCAAUACCAUGGGACAAACUUUUUUUCAAAUCUACAGAGAAAACACAGACAGCUACAUCAGGGAAAAAGACAGUUUGCAUUUCAAUUUUAUUUUUCAAGUGAUACAUCUACAUAAAUCAAGAUUUCAUGGCCUCGCAUGACAUGUACUGUACUUUACGAAAGGAUUUGAUUCCUUUUUACAGCUAUUAAAAAUACUUUUUCAUGA